UUUAUUGUAAAUACAAUAGGAAAGUAGCAAGAGUUUGGAGUUUUACUAACGUUACCCGAAUAGCACCUUCCUAGACCGCGAAAAAUAGCAGAAAGGAAAGCAGCGAAUUGUGUUCCUUAGCUUAUAGAUCCAUCCAGGCCAGCCCAUCCACAGCAAGGUCAAAAUAGUGUUGUUUGGGAGGAAAUGAGGGAUUAUAGAGAUUUUGUUUAAUAUAAUUUAGGGAUAUAAAUAAUCUGCUUAUAUUAUAUCUAUCAUCAAUCUGGCUAAUUACGAAGGAUUGAGGCCUCGCUUGUCAUUAAAGCAAGCAAGUGUGGAGGAAGAAGACUCAGAAGAGUGUAGGCCUUGGAGAAAGAGGUUGUUAUCAAUGGGGUCAUUUCAUUGGUCAUCUCUUCUCAAAUUCACUUUUCUUCUUCUCCUUCUUGCUGCUAUUGCCACCGCUUGUUUCACUCUCCCUGUUGAAAAGAUACUGAAAGAUUUCUUGGUAUGGAUUGAUCAAGAUCUUGGUCCUUGGGGUCCGCUUGUCCUGGCUGUUGCAUACAUUCCUCUAACAGUAUUGGCAGUUCCAGCAUCAGUUCUUACGCUAGGUGGUGGUUAUCUAUUUGGCCUGCCUGUGGGUUUUGUUGCUGAUUCUAUUGGUGCUACCAUUGGUGCUGCCGCAGCAUUUCUUCUUGGUAGAACGAUUGGGAGGUCAUUUGUCAUUUCCAAGUUGAAAGAUUACCCACAGUUUCGUGCGGUUGCAAUUGCAAUUCGGAAAUCCGGCUUUAAGAUUGUUUUGCUGCUCCGACUCGUUCCUCUGCUUCCGUUUAAUAUGCUGAACUACCUGUUAUCGGUGACACCAGUUUCAAUUUGGGAAUACAUGCUGGCUUCAUGGUUGGGAAUGAUGCCAAUAACUUUUGCCCUGGUGUAUGUCGGCACAACUUUGAAAGAUCUUUCAGAUGUUACUCAUGGAUGGGGUGAAUUUUCAAAAACCCGCUGGGCUAUGAUAAUAUUGGGCCUUUUGGUGUCUGUGUUUCUAAUUAUUUGUGUCACAAGAGUUGCGAAGGCUGCUUUAGAAAAAGCACUGGCUGAAAAUGAAGACGUUGAUGACAUAUUUCCAUCGCCAGAGCUACCAACUGUGGCUGAUUCGGUUGCACGUCUCGACCAGCCGCUUAUAAUCAAGAUAGAUUCUGCUCAAGACAAUCAUGAAAAAUAGGACUGGUAUUAUCUUUGUAAAUUUCAUACUUCUUUUUUCUUAUUGAUGAUUUUGGCAUCCCUUUGGUGAUGCUUUUUCGUAGUCUUCAUUUUGUACAGGCAGAUUAUACAAAUGCAUGUAGUUUGAACAGAAAUUGAAUUAUUUUGUUUUUUGGGGCUA